AUGGCACAUGGCUCUGUCAACGCUAGGGACCAUGGGGGGAAUGCCACUUGGGAUGCAGCAAUCACCUACCAAGCCUCUCCGAGUAUAACCUCGAUACCCUGCCACCAGAGUUGGUCCAGCACACUUAUCCGUGUGACCACUAAUCUAUAGCCUUAAUGGCUAGGAAGGUUCUAGUUACUCAUAAGCUAAACACCCACGUAUAGGUAGACAUACCAGCCUGCCAUGAUGGUGUCCAACCCGACACGUUACUAACUUAUGUCAGCUAUGUCACAGCAUAUCUUACCACCAUAUCUCCUGCUGCUGCCACUAGCAAUAACCAAUCUUUUGACUCACUCAGCCUUUCCUUAACGCAUGUAGUAACUUACUCAUAGCUUGACCAUCUCUUGCCACUGCAAAAUAAUCACAUGCCCAGAAAGUUAUGUUAUGCAAACGUUAUGCAAAUGCCUAAACAAAGUAAAGCUAUACUGUUUCUACCCUUAUAUAUAAAAAAUGUGCUUGAUCUCCCUUGUACCCCUAUGUUCCACUGUUCGUAUUGUGCUAGAGGAAUGCCUUUGGGGUACCUCACAUGCAACUGUUAUAUGCCUAUGCACUACAAAAAUAAAGAAUUAAUAAAAAAUAAAAAAAAAUAUUGUCCUAAUGAGACCAGAAAAGGAGAAAGUAUAGAUCAAUCUGUGUAUAGGUACAGACAAUACAAUGAACAACGUGGAAAAAGUGUGAAAAAAUAAAUGAAAUAAAGUGUUCAUUAACAAUGAAAGGGAAUAUUUACAAAGAAUGAGGUUCAGAGAUUGGUGCAGAGAUCGGUUCCUACGAAACAGAUAAGGGGAUUUAGCUCUAUAUUGCUUGAUUACACCGAUCUCUAAACCACACUUUCCACAUUGUUCAUUGUAUUAUCUGUACCUUCUCAUUUUCUUGUCACACUAGGACAAUAUUUUGAACAUACCUUGUGUCCAUGAGUUAUUCUAAUUAUUGAAAUACUUUCCCCCUCCCCUUUUUUAACAUAACAAUAAAGGUGAAGUUUUAGAAAUUGUAUUAAUAUUUCAUCAUCUUGUUUGGUCAGUGAUUUCUCUCUAAAUUUGCAGUCCUGUAUGUAGCAGUCAUAUGCUGUAGAAAGAAUGGAUCACCAGCUCUAAUUGGCUUGAUUUGUGAACUUUCCUUUCUAAAGCACUUUUCAUGCUCUGCAGAUCCGCAGGAACAUUUGUUUUUGUAACUUUCUUUUUAUUUAAAAUAAAACGAUUACUAAAUGAUUGGUAUCACAGUGGAAGGCGCAGGUUCCUUGCAUUGCAAACACAUGAAUCUUGCAUCACAGUAUAACGAUUAUAUAGCAUCAUAAAUAUCUCAAGUGCUCUCAGUUCUGUGCUGCAUGUUUAGUAAAAAGUACAAAAUAAACAAUUUAACAAACUAAAACUCAAGCCCAGGGUACCCUCCCCCCUCCAGAAUCCCGACCUAAAAAAACUCUAUGGUGUGGACGCAGAGCCCCUCCCGACCAGCCACGGAUCCCCAGGCCCCCCUCCUCCCGGGAUCCUCUCUGCAACAUCCCCCCUCUCCGUGGCACCCCUCCAUCCUCCAGGUAAUGGUCCCGGAAGAAAGUGGUUAAAGGGACACUCCAGGCACCCAGACCACUUCUGCCCACUACCCUUAACCCUGCAACUGUAAUUAUUGCAGUUUUUAUAAACUGCAAUAAUUACCUUGCGGGGUUAACUCCCUCUUUAGUGGCUGUCUACUAGACAGCCACUAGAGGGCACUUCCUGCUUCAUAGCACAGGUUUUCUGUGCUAGAGCGUCGCUGUACGUCCUCACACUGUGUGAGGAUCUCCAGCAUCGCUACAUUCCCCAUAGGAAAGCUUCAGUGCUUUCCUAUGGAGAGCUCUAAUGCGCAUGCGCGGCAUUGCCGCACAUGCGCAUUAGGUCUCCUCAGCCGGCGGGUGGGAUCAGUCUCGACUGCCGGCUGACGUAAUGAAGAGGAGGAGCGGCGGCGACCCGAAACCACCGCCGAGGGACAUUGGCCGGGGGUCUCAAGUAAGUCACUGAAGUGUUUUUUUACCCCUUCAGCAACCGGGGUUGGGAGGUGGGAGGGAGAGGGGACCUGCAGUGCCAGGAAAACGGAUUGUUUUCCUAGCACAGGAGAGUCCCUUUAAGUUAGUCCAGGAAAUCAUGAUGAAUAUGGCAACAUUGGUGAAUUUUACAUUAUAUAGCUAUAAAUUUGCAGCCCCGCUCCCAUGUUUCUCCUGGAUCCGUAUUAUAUUGAAGCCUUGCAGUAUGUAGAAUUCAUAAGCGGCAGGAGGGAAUUCAGUUAAGUAUUUCCAGUGGAACACUGGUUCCCUUCUGCAGCAUAUUAAUUCUGCAGGCCAGCACUUUUCAUGUCUUACCUAUUUAAUUAAGGAAGGUAAUUACAUCUAAGAAAAUAGUAGACGUGCGUAGAAAUCACCGAAUCAAUCGGUCUGGGGUUUACGUGACAGACCGAUUUGUUCAGUGCAAAUAGAGUGGAUCUGAUGACGUUACACAACGUUCUACUCACUUAACAACGAAUUAGGAAGGCUUAGAGCAGGCUUCACCAAACUCUGGCCCUUAAGAUGUUGCUGAACUACAACUCCCAUGAUUCUCAGCCUAUCUAUUUCAUUCAUAGAAUCAUGGGAGUUGUAGUUCAGCAACAUCUAGAGGGCUGGAGUUUGGAAAGCCUGGCUUUGAAACAUACAGACAUUGAUAAAAUGAGGACCUUUCAUUCCAGUCCUGCUAUUUGUGGCCUCAAUGUUGCAAAUUAGUUGCCAAGACGACAUAACUGCCCCUGAUGUCUGUUAAUUGGGAUAAUUGAGUCCCAGCUGUGCAUAGUGAUCCAAUGAUUAAUGGGCAGUCCCAGCUGGGGUGGGUAUAAAGUCUGAGCACUGAAGGUAGGUAAGUUAUAGCCUGGUGCUUGUUGUUUUGGUGUAUUUGGUUUUCAGUAAUCUUGCAAUUCUGGGGUUUAUGUUUGAUAGUCAGCAGAUGUUCAGUUUUUGUUUGGUUUUUUUUGUAUAAUUUUGUUAUUCUGCAAUAAUCAGUGUGCAUUGGAGGAAACUCUCUAACCCUUCUUACAUAGCUGUGAACUGUCCAGAAAAUACUCGUCUUUACAUGUUUUGUGUCCUGUAGACCAUGGCUUGAGGUGUGCAUUAUAUGAAAAUAUCUAGACCUCUCUAUAAGGCAUCCUGGAAUAAGUACCAUGUGUCUUAUUAAACCCAUUAUGUGCUGUAACUAUGUCUGAUCCAUGCAGUGGGUCAUGGGCAAGGAGUCACUGGUUUUCUAGAACUAAUUCCUGUAUUAGCUAAAACCCUUUCUGCUACAAUGCAAUAGAACUCUCUAUCCUUUAAGACUUUGUAUCUAGCUCUCAUGGGAACUCGUGAGUUACUGGCAAGACUAGAGAAGCUAUGCUUUCUUAAACUGCAUAUUGGUCACACUUGUUCAUGGAAUGAACUACAUAUUCCACAUGCUUUGUCAGCAUUCUGGGAGAUGUAGUCCACAAUAUCUGGAAUGCUGAAGGUUGUCUACCUCUGGCAUAGUGGGUAUAGUAUCGUGCUGAGAACUGGUAGGCCUGGCUUGGCAGUCUCUCUGUAUGUAUGUGUUGAGCAAACACUGCCUUGGUGGGAUUUUAAAUGUUCACUUGUCAGGGACAGGCCCUCUUUACCAAUAGUACACACCUGGGAUGCCUUUGCUCUCCCCCUCCCUGUAUUGAUAUAGAUUGGUGUGAUCUGUCUUCUAGAUCUUUAUAGCUGAGAUGAAACCUGUUGUAGCCAAGAAGUCAGCCGCAGCUGCCUGUGGCAGUAUGCAAGCCUUGCCAGUAAUGGUGAAACCCAAAAAGAGCUACUCCAAACAUCUCUACAGGAUUGUAAAGCAGGUAGGUAGUCCUAUUCAACUGUACCCUAAGGAAUAAAUUCUUUAUCCACUGCAGGGCCUUGCAAUAUGACCCUGGGAUGCCAUUAAUGAGGAUUCUGGAGUAAAAUCAGUAUUGCAAAGAACUGGAGCUCUAUGCCAGAAUGGUGGAGUUAGGAUUAUUAGACUUGGCUGACGAAAUAACUGUCAGUUUGUAGUUGGCUCAUAUUACAGGAGAAUAUGUAUAUAAAAACCAAGGCUGUGUAAUUCUUGGCCUCUAUUAUUGCUGAUGGGCAGAGCAUGAAACGUGGUACCCUGUAGUCCUAUAGCAUUCCUACACUGAUGGCUAAUCCAUUUAAAUAACCUGUCCCAUUAACUGACGGACUUAUCCUUGUAUUGGUAGCUUUAAUAACUGUUAAGAUAAUGCCCCAUCUGGGCAGCUGGCUCUGUUUGGGGGCACUCUCCCAAGCAUCGUACUACCUUCAAAGAUGCCAACAUGCUGCUGUUACACACAGAACCUCUCAGAACAGUGAUACAUCACACCAUCCUCUGACCUUUAAUGGCUCUGGAGUCUGACUCAAUGUAUCAUGUUGGGUUAACAUGUCUUAUUUGAUUGCUGUCCUAGGUCCUUCCAGAAGCCACCCAGUCUCAGACGGCGUUGGAUUGUCUGAAUAAAGACAUGUUAGACAGUGAGAGACUGCAUGAUAUUGCUGCAGAAGCUGCCAGACUGUCUCUUUACAACAUGAGACAUGCUAUAACCAGCCAGGAGGUCAACUGUGCCCUGAGACUCGUCUCCAGGACACCCAUGGCAGGGGACUCCAAGUAA